AUGAGACAAAUUAUAAAAAAGGAAGACUCCAAAUUCUUAGAUCAAAUUGUGUGCAAUAUGCUCCAGUUGAAUGACUUAUUCUAUUGCUAUGAACCAUUUAAGAUAUUUAUUUUUAUUGUAAGCAUGUGUUAACCAGUAUUUUAUCUGUACUAUUACGAUUAUGAUUAAUUUUAAGAAAAAAUACCAAAUACUACUAUUCAAUAGAUGAUAUUUUACUUUUUUAGGCCCGAAAUACUUAUAUUCAAGUUUUUCCCAAACCUAGCGUUACUAAUUAUGCCAUACAUAAUACUAGUGCUUUUAUUUAUUGCUAAAUUAGGAAUCAUAUUUAACUUAGCAAAUGAAAAUUAAAGAUAUUUAAAAAAAUAAAAGAAUCCUAGCAUUCUCAAAAACAUGCUUAAAACAUUCACAUCAUAUUAUUAAUAAUUAUUAUGUGUUGUACUCCACUACCCAAUAUAAACAUUAAUAAUUAGUGCUAUAAGUAAUACCCUCAAGUAAUUUCAAAAUUAAAAUUCCGCUUAUUUUGCUUUACUGUUAUUUGGAAUCAUCAUUUUCUUUAUUGUCGAAAUCGACACUCUAUUGCAUCUCUUUAUCUGCUUGCCCUCAUCCAAUUUCCACAUCAGAGGAUUUGAAAAGUCACUUGUAACUUCCUUUGACAUUUGCAUUUAUGCGAUUGAAUUACUGCAAAUCAUUUUCUUUGGAACAAUAAACAAAUAAGAAAUUUCCUAAUUUGCCUAGAUAGCCUUAACCCUCAUCAUUGCUCUCUUGAAGAUUACUAAUUAACUCAUGUAUCAAGGAUACAUUUAUAAGACUCAAAGAAUAAUCCUAUACUUUAUAAAUUCCAUGAUAAUUUCAUACUCAUUAUAUGCAUUCAUAGAUCUAAAAAAUAAUUCCAUCUUAAUCUGGCCCCUCCUAGCCAGUAUUGUAUUUUACGCUGACUACCAAUACCAAAUCAAUUCCAUCCAUUCAAUAUUUAUCAAUACUAAACAACCUAUCACUAUGUAUGUGUAUUAAUUGGUCAAGUUUUCAAAUAACUGCUAUCAAAACGAAAUUUAACCUCUCCAAAACAGUCUAAUUUGGGCUCAGCACAAAGCCAAAUGUUCCAAUCUCAGUUGUUCUUGCAAGGAACCAACUUUGAAUAUCUUAGAUGUUCAAUAAGCCAACAUUAUUACAGAACAAAUUUUUAAGUAGUUCAUUUACACUAAAAUUAAAAACAUUACUAAGCAAAUCCAUGAGAAUCGAAAUAUACAUAAUUUAGAUGCUGCAUUCUAUGAAAUUGCUUAAGCUACCCUAUUCAUGAGACAAGGAUUUGUACUCAUAGCCAUCAAGAACUAUAAUAGAUUUUUGAAUAAUUCAUCCAAUGAUUAUAGAGUAAGAGUAAUAUCGAGUGAGAAAUCUCUUACCAAUAGAGCUUAAAAAAAAAUGAAGCAAAGUCAAGCUGAUUCAUAAAUUCAGGAUAUUAUAAAUAAUUAACACAAGAAAGUGUUAAAGUAUGAUGCUAUGAAUAGAAAUUUUCAGGUUUCCACACUCAAACUUAUUAAAAUACAAUACUUAUUGAGAUAGGCAUAGGUGUAUCUUAAUGAAAAUUUCACUAAUGCCAUCUGUACAGCUCAACAAUUGUAAAUGUCUGAUUAUUUGAAUUUGUACUUAAAAAGUGAGUUUCAAAUGGACGACCUCUAAUAAAUGAUCAUUAAGAUAAUAAAAUUGAAAAUAGAAUUCUACACCUAUCUCUUGUAAUGUGAUGCUAUGAAUUCUGAUAAAAUAUUUGUUUACAAAAUGAAGUACUUCACCUAAGUUUUAGAUUUAGAAGAAAGACUUCUUUCAAAAUAUGAGGCUUACUAAAGUAUUAAAAUGAGAUAAAUGAUAAUUUUCUUUUAUUCGCGAAUUUAUAAUAGUUACUAAAAGGCUUAAAAAUUCAAACAAAUUAACAACAACUAAUAAUAGAGAUAUGUUUUUAGCAAUUAAGUUAUUGACUUCUAUUCUGAUAAGAUUAUGUAUGUUUUGUUUUAAUUGCAAGAUGAUUUAUAAAAUUUAAAAAUCAAAUCUCAUUCAAGUAAUUUCCUGAAAAUAAUUGGUCGAUAACCUAAUGACCAUCUCAUAUAAUUUUGUGAUAUAUUACCUGACUUCAUAAGGGAAGAACACCCUGCUAUGGUUUAGAGAUUUGUUUAAACAGGCAAAGCAAGAUACUACAGAAAUCUUAGUCUUACAUUUGUGAAGCAAUAAAAUGGGUUAUCCAAAUAAAUGGAACAGACCUUUGAUACAGUCACAUUAUUAAAUGAUAAUAGAGUGGUAUUUGCAUCAGUUCUUCAAGAAGUACUUGAAUAAAAAGCAUAUCUCCUAGUAAAUGUGAAUGGAUUGUUAUCUGGUAUGACCUUUAUGUGUUUGAGAAAAUUGGGAUUUUCAGAAGAAGACAUAGUAACAAUAGAUGACUUCUAUUCAUUCUAUGAUGUUGAAAUCAAUUAAAUCAUUCCUGUCUUUAAUAGUAUACCCUGGUCUGAAAUAUAGGAAUAAAAACUUGAUAAUGUAAAGUUAUUAUUUCUUGACAUAUUACAUUUAUAAAGGGAAAAUUAUAGCAAAUCUUCAAUUGAUAAUCAUUCACAAUUAGGUAGAGUUUGGUAGGAUAGUAGAUAUACAAAAGAAUAUGCAGCAAAUUUAUUCAUUAUGAGAAGGGAGAUAUUCGGAUUUUAUUAUUUUAUAAUCGAAUUAGAAUCUGCUCAUAUGAUUGAGUCUUCACAUCAAAACAAUGCAGUAUUUUCCUGUACUUAAUUCAAAUAAACUCAACAUAAUGCUGAAUCUGCAAUCUUUGAUAUCGAUUCAAUUAUUUUAUCUAUUGAUGAAGGAGCCGCCAAGCAUGUAAAUACUUUGAAUAUCUAAGAACGAGAGAAUUAUUCAAUAGCAUUAAAAGAACUCUCAAAAUAAUAGGAUUAUGAUAAAAUGUAUUAAAUUAUGCUAAGCCCCAACCAUAGUGUAUCUAAUUUGAUUGAUAAAACUCAAAAUAUGAUGAACACUGUUCAAAGACACAAUAGCUCAUUUUAAUAAGAAUAUUACUGUUAACAACCUGCAUUUUACAUUGCUGAGGCUUCAAGUAAAGAGAAGCAUCCUCAAUUACAGUAAGCUCAAUAGUAGGAUGAUUUAUAAUAAUAAUCGGAAUCUAGUUUGGGUUCUAUAAAAAGACCUACUUACAUGAAAAAGUUUGAAAUCAUAGAUUCAUUUUAUAGCAAUUUCAAUUUUUCAUAACAAAAGAUCAUGGUAUUCUUUAUUAUAUUCACCCUCGUAGUGUUUGGCAUUUUUUCAGUAAUAAUUUUGUCUCUGCUAAGUAGUGAUUUACAAACUAAAAUUAAAGAGAUAGAGAUGCUAUCCUUCUAGGCUGACAUUGUAGCUCCUUAUGAUCGAUACCUUGCAAUAAGGGCGUAGAUUUAUUAUUAUUAAGGGUUACUUACAGCUAAGAAGAUUAAUUAAUCGUUAACAAGUGAUUUAGUAGAACCACUUUAUUCUAUCAUAGGAGUGUGCUACAAUGAAUUAAAGGAAAAUUCUUAUGUUUCUUUAUUAGAGAGUGAUCUAAAGGAAUUCUUUAAGGAUGUUUAUACUAAUACUUUUUUUAUGGGCAUGACUGACAAAAUCAUUUACUCUAGAAAUAUAACUUUUAGGGAAUUUAUCCAUCAAUUGCUCAAUUAUCAAUAUGAUUUUAAAAUAAUUUUUGAUAAAAGGAUUCCAACUAAGGGUUGUCCUUGUUAAGUCUUUCAAUUUUCUAAUUAUUUCAAUCUAUAGGAUAAUCUAGAAAUUAUGUCUCAAGAAAUUUUACAAUUUUCAAGAGACAAAUGUACAUAAAUAAUUGAUAAAUGGAUUACGAUUUGGAUUGUUUUUAUAGUUGUUUGUUUUGUGUUGUCUCUUUUGAUAUAUUAUUUAAAGACUGGGAUAUUAUUUUAGUAUGAUACAAUUAUGGAAAUUAUAACACAUAUAACUGAGUAAAGUAUAAUAAAAGAGACUGAAAAACAUAAAAUGUUAUUGAACAAUUUACUGUCUUAAAAUGAUUAUAUUAAUAGUUACUAAUUAGAAUUAUAGACUGAAGUACAAUAGAAUAAUUAAAUUAAAUAAGAAAAUGAUGUACUGAGAAAAAAUAAAAGGAAAAUAUUGAUUAGGGCAUCGAAAUUGAAAUCAGUAAUAUUUUCCUUUGUUAUAUUUGUAAUAUUUUUAAUCUACUCUUGUUUAGUUACAUUUUCAACAUAAAGUUUCUUGAACAAAUAUUAAUCAACUGCUGAUUUUUAUAAGUUGAUAGCAGAUUUAUCUUUCAGAAGUGGUAAUAUGUUUUUAUAUCGAGAAAUGUUUAUGUUAUGGGGAAAUCUUACUUACUUAAAUAAGACCGAUGGAUUAAGAUUGUAUAAUCUAAUUGACAUUGCAUAAACUAAGAUUAUGGAAUAUGUUGAUUAGGCUCCAAGGAUAAAUUUGGAAACACUUUUAGUUCCUGAAGAUUUCUAUUAAUUCUUUCUUACAGUCUAAAACACUGAUGUAUGCAAUUUUUUGGAUGAGAAUUACAAGCAAGUGCUUACUCCGUAUUGUCUCAAAUCAUUUGAUGGAUCUUUGAUGAAAGGAAUGCUUCCUGCAUUAACUUACAUUCACCAGACCAUAAUUACUCAAUAGGCUAUCAAUAAUUUCACAUAUAGGGCAGAGGACAUUUUGUAUGAAGUGGAAGGAGGGUAGGUCGCAAGUAGAGUAUUUUCAUUUAUGAACGAAAACUUAUAGAAUGGAAUCAUUAAAAAAACAGAGAGUUUCAAUUAUUAAAAUUAGGUAAUGUAUUUAGAUAAUUAUAAGUUAUUGUCAAUCUUCUUUUUAAUUGCCUUAGGUUCUAUUUGUUUCUUUGUUGUGAAUUUCCAUUAUACUAAUCUCAAAUAACAUCUCCAACUAAUAAAAUUUGGAGUCUUGAUGAUACCACAGAGUGACAUCUUGAAGAACGACUUCUUUGAAAGAUAUCUGAAGCAAAUUGAACUGAAAUUGGGUUAUAAAUUGUGA